UUAUUGACGAUACAUCGUUAUAAAUUAAUUUUUGUACGCGAAUAGUUAAUAAAAGUAUGAUAUUAAUAAACCAUUAGAUAAUGAGAAUACCUACCGUUUUGCCUUGUUGCGAUAGCACCUAAAUCUCUCCUUUUCACAUAUUUUCUCUGCAGCAGCUAUUUUUGCAUCAUAAAACAGUAAGAAAGAUAAAUAUGAAACCGACGACGAAUACUUGAAAGUUAGUAAAAUUCAUAAAAACAUAAGGAAAACUUCAGGAAUAGAAGUUUAUAUUAAAAGUGGAGUAGCGCCAGUGAAGAAAUUGCUUUAAAACAUGCCUAUGGUACCACAGUGACCGAAUAUCAUGAUAAAAAAAUUCAAAAAAAUUUUCUAGAUUUUAUAUGAUUUUUUGAAAAUUGGAAAAAUCUCAGUUUUGCCUAAUUCUUAUUUGAAUUUCCGCCAACUGAACUCGUUCGUUGGAGCGCGCUUGCACGUUUUUAUUUUUAUUUAUUGUUAUUUUUCCUUAUUUAUCACCGAUUUUCAAUUUUUUCAGUGUAUUUUUGUAUUUUGAUUAAAAAGCUAAUUUACAAGCGUAAUUCUUCUAAAACUUCAAUUUCCAGCCUUCAAAGGAACUUUUCACGUUGUCGAAAAAUUGCAAAAAUAAUAAGUAAUUAAAAUUAAAAAUUAAAAUUAAAAAAUUUAUUAAAACCUCCACGUUUAAUUUUUCAAAAUCAAACACGCUGGUACGCUGGAAAUCGUGUCUUACCACGUGUUACAAACAUUCUCCAAAUAUUAAUUUUCAAUCAAUACACAAUUUUUCCAACUGAUAUCAACUUGCUCAUUUGAUCAAAAAACAAUGAAAUUUCAAUGGAUUGGCGUAUUAGUUUUCAUCGGGAUUGUUAACUGUUUAAUUUCAAGUCAAAAGCUAACUGUAAAAGAAAAUGAAGAACGGUUGAAAUCAUGUGGAAACACUUUUCUACCUAUACCUUCAAUCAAUCAAACUGGAAAAGGCUUUGGCUUCUUUAAUGACAAAACUUAUACAUACAACUCCAAGUCUGGAUGGUUACUUCUUGCCGGUCACAAAAAUCGUUCAACACGUGUGUAUGCAACUGCAUUUCCAAUAUCCGAAUAUCACAUUCUAAUUUCAUCUCGAGUUAUGUUAACUGCUGAACACAAGUGGAUAAUGAAUGGAAAACCCUUUGAUAAAAACAACUGCUCAGGUGGAAGACAUUUGGAUGUUCCUCGUGAUGUUCUAGACAAUAUUUUAUUCUGGUAUGGUAAAAAACCCAAAAAGGCAGAUAUUUCGAAGGCCCGAAUGUUCUUCGCUUGUGACAAUCAAGAUUUGAAAGCUUACCCUGUGUUAAUCGAGCUCAACAAGACAUCUAAGCGUCCCUGGGCAUUCAAUGGAGUACCUUGUUUGGCUGAUGAAACUACUAGUUCAAAACUCGGAGAUGUAGUUCAUUCUUAUGGAUAUACUGGCGAAAGUAUGCAACAUCGCAAACUUUCGAUAACCGCUGUAAAAGAUGAAAGGAUAUGCACGGAUACAUACAAAACAGAGAAAGCUGGUGGUCCAUUGAUACUGAAUGUAUCAGGAAAAGCUACAGUGAUUGGACUCAAGGCUCCAGCUUCGAGGGAAAAUUGUGAACUCUUCUACGAUCUUUCGAAGCUUCAAAAGGAAAUUUGUGAUUAUUCUGGAGUAUGUGGACAUGAGAACCCAAUUCUUACAACGGAGCCCACGCCAGUCACUACUGAAAGAUCUACAGUUUCAACAACCAUUUCUACUUCACUCGAAACGACUAUAAUGCAGGCUUCGUCAGCUUCGCCAAUUUCGAGCAAGCCAGCCACAACGACAGAACCAUCGCCUUUGCAAGCUUCAAGCAAGCCAGCUACAGAACCAUUGCUUCAGCCUGAAUCAGCUAGAACAGCCUCAUCAUCAGCUUCGAGCAAGCCUGAAGUCCAGACAACAAUCCCAACAGAAAUCCAAACUCCAUCUCUACGAACGUCGAGUUUGAAGACUUCUACAACAGUCACUACGACUACUGUCACCACGACAACUCCCGAUCCUGCAACUGUUGAUUAUGGAGAUGAUCAUGACAUGAUUGGACUGGUCGAUGAGGAUGAUGAAAUUACGGAGAGCAAUAAUAGAGCACAUAGAAUGGAUCUUAUUCUUGGUGUUUUCGUUUCGAUGCUAGUUUUUGAAUAAAUGCUAAUUGAAACGAGA